AACAGCGUAAAUUAUGAAACAAAGUUCGCUUUGGCUAAGUCGUCAUUUAACUAGGCAGUAGUGCGGUUCAGAACAAGUCCACCUUUAAGCAUAAGUCAGGUGACGGGAAAGGAACAGUGUAGCGGUUGAAGAGUGCAAGAGGAGUCAAAAUGUUUCCUAGAACCAGUACUUUACUGUCCAUUAUAGCGGCUUUAUGCUUCGCUGGCACCAUAGCAAUGCCCUUAUUAGAUGAGGAGGAUGUGUCAACAGGCUUCGAUAAUGCAACGCUGGAAGAAUUGCAGACUAAUGUCAAUGAUACACCAAAGAAUCUAUAUGUUGUUAAGGCUGUUGUUUAUGAAAUCGGCAUUUUAACGGAAGUCGAUGAUAAUGAGACCAGUUUCGAAAGCGAAGAACGUGUUGAUUUAACCUUCUACGAUGCUCACUCCAAUCAAAGCCAUAUAAAUCUGGGAAAUGUGCCGCUACCGAUUCAAACGAAUAUUUCCGGACAAGUGCUAACUGGGAUUGCACCCGUCAAUAUUGGAGCGUUUAGUAAUCCAGCGGAUCUUUUACAAACACUGCCACUAACCGGGACUAUCGUUAACAUAACGCAUAGCAACACAGCUUUUUAUCAGCUCACGAAGUCAAACGCCAGUGACACAUUAAAGCCUCAUAUUACGGAUGUUGACGACUUGACAAAUGUUUCCAACCUGUAUCCGGUAGUGAGCCAGGUGCCAUUACAAAGACCAACUCCUUCGUCUGUUCAAUCUAAUUAUGUGGAAAGUUAAAAACUUUGAGUCUUGUUAAGCAGUUGACUUUAAAUGAGAAUAAGACUGCGGCUAUGUAAAUUGUUUGUAGAUAUAUAUGUAUGUGUAUAUGUAUUUUUAAAUAUUUAUUUAAGCAUGAAACAUUGC